AAAUUUACAAUGCGUUCUGCGAAAAAUUUCGAAAAGCUUAUCCCGGUGUACUGGAGAAGCUUGAAACAGCUGAUGAUAAUUUAAAUGAGUUCGCAAAAUCCAGUGAACUUGCGUCAUCGGUAUGGAACAAAAUUAAGAACUGUGAUGGUGAGAAUGGGUUUGCUUUUGGAUUUUCUGUAGAUAAGGAAAACUAG